AAAGCAGCAGCAAAGCAGGCGGUAGAGAGCUAAAGGACUGGGAGGUGGGCGAAAAUACUGGAGUGACAUGGCGUGGCAGCGUGACAAAAUAGGGGCACUUUGGUUCACUGAAAGUGGUUUUGUCGCGACCAAAACAAAGCCUGAGGGGUCGAGUUAACAGUGUGGAGGGCUUAUCUUUCUUAUCACCGCGCACUUGGAUUGUACCGGGGCUGUGUCUGCAGAAAGAAGUCUGUGGCUAACAAGCUGCGUUUCACAUCAUAAAAGGUAGCUAAGCAUGAGUCGAGAAGGAUGGAUGAAGAAGAAAUCUAAUGCAGGUGAUGACAAUGGCUGGGCUGGAAGGGGUGGCUAUAUGGCUGCCAAAGUUUCCAAGCUGGAUGAACAGUUUAAACUUGCUGCCCCCAGAGAAAAACACAAAGAAGGCACAUCCUCAACUAUUUUCAAUGGAAUUUCAAUAUAUGUUAAUGGAUACACAGAUCCAAGUGCAGAUGAGUUGCGCAGACUCAUGAUGCUACACGGUGGCCAAUUCCAUGUUUACUACAGUCGCUCUAAGACCACUCAUAUUAUAGCUAAUAAUUUGCCCAACAGCAAGAUUCAGGAUCUUAAAGGUGAAAAAGUUAUUCGACCAGAGUGGAUCACUGACAGUAUCAAGGCUGGACGACUCCUUCCAUAUUUGCAGUACCAACUGUAUGCUAAAGGCAGAGGUGUACUUUUCACGGGGAUAAAUGUUCGUCAAGAUACAAAUAUUGUAGAUCCCCUCCAAGCCCUACCUCAACCAAACGUCGGUCAAAAUAAUUUUCUGCCACAGCACAGCAAGCUCUCAUUAAAUACUUGCCACAAAAAAUCCUCCCCUAAUCAUGCCAAAAACCAUGCCUGUUUACAACCACAGUUUAGUUCCAGCGUAGCUCAGGACAAAAGACUUGGCCACCCACAACCUCAAAUAAAGUCACUCAGAUGUCAGAAUGGUGUGGACAUUAAAAUAAAUGGACAUGCUGCAAUGCUACUUGACACAAGCCAUUCAGCACUGGCUGCAAAUGAAGAUUCUUCACUCAAUGAAGUCUCUCUAACAAAUGGACACACUCGCCUCAAUAACGGUGCCUUAAAACAGGGGGAUCUCUCCCCUGUUACUAAGCCCUCUGACCUUUACUUGCUUGAGAGCAAGACAAGAGGUCCAGAUCACAAACACAUUACUUCAAUAGGUCCUCAUCCAAAAGGGGAUCCUUAUGAUUUUCCUUAUAGUCCUGAAAAUCAGUCUGGAAAGGACAUUGAAUUGCAGGAUCAGCAUUGUGUUGUCGCUAUAAAUAAGGAAGAACCCAAAGCUAUAAAAAUGACUUGCUGUCCAUCUUCACAAGAGCCUGAGACAAGUUUCAAUGGUGAUUCUUGUCAAGAAAAUUCAUGUGUGUCUCGGCUGAAUGGGAGUUACCACAAUAUGUCUGACCAUUCCUCAAUUAACAAAAACAGUUCCUUUACUGAGCAAACUUUGUCAAAGUCCUCCUCAGAUUUGCAGGCUCAAACAGAUAAUUUGAUUUCUGAGUUCUACUCACGUUCGCGUUUACAUCAGAUUUCAACAUGGAGGACUGCUUUUUCUGAUGUCAAUGAACUUCACUGUAAAAGAAAAACAUCGGAUACUGCUUCAUUUCCUGGGAAGGAUCGGCUUAGAAAAAUGAAAGGACAAGGCAAUUUGUCUAGCCAAGGUUCAUCUGGAACUGUUAAGUCAUGCAUAUUUCAUGUUGACAUGGAUUGCUUUUUUGUAUCUGUUGGCAUUCGACAUCGUCCAGACCUAAAAGGCAAACCUGUAGCUGUGACUAGUAAUCGGGGACAAGGGCGAGUGCCCCUGAGGCCUGGCACCAACCCUCAGAUGGAAAAAAAAUAUUAUGAAGACAAACAAAAUCAUGUUCAACACAGAAACGAGGAUGGGGAUCUAUACAGAACUCCUUCACAAGAGAUACCUGACUUGCAUAUUAAUGGUGUAGAACAGGAUGCUACUGCUCUUUCUAUGGCAGAGAUUGCAUCCUGUAGUUAUGAGGCGAGGCAGGCAGGUGUAAAGAAUGGAAUGUUUUUUGGCAAAGCUAAACAGCUGUGUCCAACACUACAGUCUGUCCCGUAUGACUUUGAAGCAUAUAAACAAGUUGCUCUCACAAUGUAUGAGACUUUAGCCAGUUACACUCAUGACAUAGAGGCUUUGAGCUGUGAUGAGGUCUUGAUAGAUGCCACCUCAACGAUCAGAGAGUUGGAAAUAAGCCCAAAUGACCUGGCCCAUGUCAUAAGAGCCGAUAUCAUGGAGAAAACUGGAUGUUGUGCCUCAGUUGGAAUGGGUUCCAACAUUCUGCUUGCUAGGCUGGCAACCCGUAGAGCCAAGCCCAACGGGCAAUAUUUUCUGAAAUCUGAAGAAGUAGAUGAUUUUAUCAGGGAUUUGGCAGUAACCAGUUUACCAGGUGUUGGGCCUGCUAUGGGCAGAAAACUUGCUGUAAUAGGGGUUAGGUCUUGUGGAGAUCUCCAACAAGUGUCUAUGUCUGUACUUCAAAAGAAGUUUGGACCAAGAACUGGCCAAACACUGUUUCGCUUUUGCCGAGGCCUGGAUGAUCGACCUGUUCGUUAUGAAAAGGAACGCAAGUCUGUGUCUGCUGAAAUGAACUACAAUAUACGCUUCACCAGGAUUGAUGAGGCAGAGUGCUUCCUGACAAAUUUAUCCAUGGAAGUUCAAAAAAGAUUGAAAAGUGCUGGACUACGGGGCCGCAGAGUAACCCUUAAAGUCAUGAGUCGCAAAGUGGGAGCUCCAAUAGAGCCUGCUAAAUAUGGAGGUCAUGGCAUAUGUGAUAAUAUAGCCAGGACUGUAAUGCUUGCUCAGUCUACAAACAAUGGUCAACUUAUUGCAACGGCUGUCAUCAAGCUUUUCCACACAAUGAAGCUACAGGUUCAAGAUCUAAGAGGAGUGGGAAUCCAGGUCCAGCUGCUUGAAGGAAAUAACUCUGUGACUCCAGAAUACCACUCACGCUCCAUCAAAGACUUGUUCACACGACAGGGACUUCAAGGACAAUGUCCCAAAAUAGGUACUGGAGACACAAAUGAAAAUAGUACAGCAAAGCCUCAAGAGCAGUCCUCAGCCCCUGCCUCUUCUGUCAAGGCAGUUCCUGAAACAAGUAAAGGAGAAACCUUCACAACUCAAAAUAAUCCUCAAUCACACUUUAGACUAAGCAUUGAUGUUCCCUCGCCUUCCCAGGUGGAUCGUUCUGUAUUAGAAGCAUUGCCUGCAGAACUUCGAGAACAAGUGGAACAAUCAUGGUCUUUUCGAGAAGGGAAAUUAAAUGGUGACAUUUCCGCAAAUCCACAGCCUUCUUUUCCUAAGCUCCAUUUACCUUCUCCUCAUCCUCCUCCCUCUGACUCUGCAAAGUUGCCUCCACCUGCAAGCAAAAUUAUACUACAAAUACCAAAUCAACCAGAAAACACAGGAAUUGUUUUAGAAUUGCCCAACUUCUCACAGAUUGACCCAGAGGUCUUCGCUGCUCUACCCAAAGAGCUGCAGGAUGAAAUUAAGUCUGCCUACAGCCGAACAUUCAAUCAAAAAGAUCAAGCAUCUGAGGUUAGAAAUCCAUUGCUACAGCUUAAACAGGCAGGAGUCGGUCCUGUUCGCGUUAAGAGGCAAUACAAGAGGAAGAACAACUCAAGUCCAGCUAAAAAUGGCCCAUCUCCCCUAAAGAAACAACCAUUGACCAACAGUUCAGCUAAAAUCCUUCCAUCUCCUAUAAAGCUGGGGGAACCAAUUGACAGGCUUAAGACUGAAAAUAGUUGCUCGAAGCAAGACACCCCAGAGGUUCCAGCAGUGUCUCGUGCUUCUCCAACACUCGCUGGAGCCUCUGAAUGGACAGACAUUAAAACUCUUCUGCGGGAAUGGGUCACUACUAUCACAGAACCAAUGGAGGAAGACAUACUUCAAGUUGUGAAAUACUGUACUGAUCUAAUUGAGGACAAAGAUCUGGAGAAGUUGGAUUUGGUCAUAAAAUACAUGAAAAGGCUUAUGAAGUUGUCGGUGGAGUCUGUUUGGAGCAUGGCUUUUGACUUUAUUGUAGACAAUGUUCAGGUCGUUCUGCAGCAAACAUAUGGUAGCACUCUCAAGUUGGUGUGAUAAAAGUGGCAGUUAAGUUUAGUCACCAUAAAAGGACAUCCUCAGGAGUAGACUGACUUUGAUAAUGUACAUUUUUACAAAAUGGUGUGCUGCCAGUUUGAUUUACGGGUUUCCCUAUUGGCCAACUGCUCAUAAACAAUACACCGAAAACCAGGGAACAAGAGACAAGUGUGAAAGAGUACAGUACAGCUGCCAAAGUUAAUUCUUAUAAGGCAACCUUUUCCACUUAAUGAGACUAACAGGUAAUGCUGGUAAUUCUUUACAGAUUUAGCACUUUGUAAAAUAAUGGAUCCAUUUUCAAAAAUAUUAAAAAUUUUAAAUGUGCAGUAACACCUUAAAACAUUUGUAUUCCUUUAGUACUCACCAUGAGAUUUAGUACUUUAGUACCCGCUGUGUGUAGACUUCUGAAGAUUGUAAUGGACAGACUUUUAAAUAUAUAUUUUAAUUGGUUUGAUCAUUCCAUCAUUCAUUAGGAAUGUAACAGUGAUGUAACAUCAUAUCCAAUGAAAAAAGUUUUACUACUAAGUCAAAAAAAAAAAAAAAAAAAAAAAAAAAACAGCCAAAGGCUGCAUGAGGUAGUAUUCUUUUUUACCAAGUGCCAAAAUCUGUUAUGUGUAAAUAAUGUAAAAUCAUGUAAAUGUUUAUGUCAUGUAUUUGUUUACGUGUAGUGAAUUCUUAGUAACUGUCUUCUAAAAUUGUAAUUCUUUUUACAUACGUUUAUGAAUGUUUCCACUACUUUCUAUGGAAGUCAGAAGCUGGCCAAAGCGCUUCACUAAGGUCAAAUAGUCAUAUUUAUAAGCACUGUUGAGCUAAAACAAUUUUACAGGGGCUAUGGCAAUCAAUAAUUAGCCUAUGCAUUUUAUUUCAGCAAAUAAGUAAGAUGUCCUUUCAAGACCUCUAACAUUUCAUACAACAUUUAUAUUGGAGUAAAUUUUAUAAACUUGAAUAUAUGCCACUUUUGGAAUUUAAACUUUUAAUUCUGUGUAUCUCACCUGUGUAUAGUACAUGUAGAAAGAAAGUUUGACUCUACUUCCUUGUAUUUCUACAAAGUUAACAUUUAAGAGGUGACAAAGAUUAUUUUUUAAUCAGCUAUUGACAAACAAACAUGUGACUACAUCAAGCAAAUAAAAUGCAAAUAAAAUUGUUUGCUCUGAAAAAUUAUUUUGAAUGUAAUUCAGAAUGUUCAAAUCUUUGCUCACCUCAAAGAUGUUCACUUUUUCUGUUACGUUUCUAAAGGGAAUGGCCAAAAUAAAAAGGUCUGUCUUGCCAUUUCCUUUCUGGCUGGUGCCUGAAGACCUGAAGCUGUGAACGUUUGUAAGUUUUUUAAGUCUUUGUAAAUAAACUGUCAAAUGUGUUGAUUGCAUUGUCAAA